GUCUUCUCACUGGGUCCCAUAAACACAUUGUGAGAAGAAGAUCUCCAUCUUCUUCCAAAUCCCUCAAUCCCCCUCUUUUUAAUUUUGCCUCCUCCUAGCCUAUUCCUUUCACCUCUCUCAGACCCUCCAUUAUUUGCUAGCUUUGCUUUAUUUAGCAAAAAAAAAAAAAAAAUCAAGCUAGUUCAUCAGGUUCUCCACUGAUCCAUCAAUCCAUCAUCGACGAUCCAUCACUGCGAGAUGUCUCUCGAAAGAGGCAAGGAAUUCUCAGGAGGAGAAGGAUCGUCAUCGGGGUACUCGAGUCCGAGUCCCACCGAUCAUCAUGACCAGCAGCAGCAACCAGCGACGCCCAGCAGGUAUGAGUCGCAGAAGAGGAGGGACUGGAACACUUUCGGGCAGUAUUUGAAGAACCAGAGGCCCCCAGUCCCUCUCUCCCAGUGCAAUUACAGCCAUGUCCUCGAGUUCCUCAGGUACCUCGACCAGUUCGGGAAGACCAAAGUCCAUCUCCAGGGUUGUAUGUUUUACGGCCAGCCGGAGCCACCUGCGCCUUGCACCUGUCCUCUCCGGCAGGCCUGGGGAAGCCUGGAUGCUCUCAUAGGGAGGCUGAGGGCUGCUUAUGAGGAGAACGGUGGGGCCCCUGAGAGCAACCCUUUUGCUAGUGGUGCAAUCAGGGUUUACUUGAGGGAGGUCAGGGAGUGUCAGGCCAAGGCUCGCGGGAUUCCGUACAAGAAGAAGAAGAAGAAGUCGACGGCGACAACUCCGAGCAGCAGCAGCAGCAGAGGAGGAGGAGGAGGAUCUGGAAAUAGUGAUCGUGAUUCUUCAACAAGUUCUAUCAUGCACUUCUCUUGAUCGAUGCUGGGCUCAUUUCAGAAUGUGGGGUCAUUUGGAAAAUGAACGGAAUAUGGAAACUAGGAAUUGUUCCAAGGCGAACUACCUUGAAGUUUCAGUACUACAGCUGUUGAAUUUCAUUAUUGUUUUUUUUUAUCUCUUUUCUUUUUAUAAAAAAGUUGAUCUCUAGCUAUUUGGUCAUGGUAGCUUGCUACCAAGCCACUGCACUAGAUGCGCAUGUAGAGUCGUAGUAGUUGUCGCCUCAAUGCCAAGAAUCGAUCGGUCUCUUAGGGCAUGCCAGCAUGGAGUACACUGUAGUCGGUUGUUAUUCAUUUCUUUGCAGUUUGGGAAUUCAAUCUUAAGCAUGUAUGUAGUAGUAGAGAUCAAAACUCUUUAUAUAGAUGUUGGACUACCUUGAAGUUUCAGUACUACUGCUGUUGAAUUUCA